AGAAGAACUCCACCUUCCCGGGUAUAGAAGCCGCCCAUGUCUCAUACGCAGCCUGUGCUCGAGACGUCAGGACGGACCGACAGCCGUGUUAUGAUCGUGCUUUGCUCAUAGAGAAGGUGCAGCCCUCACAGAGAUGACUACAUCACUGUUGCUCCACAGGACAGUCUUGCUGACUGUAGUCUUCUGUAACUUGCCUUGCAUCGCUUCCUCCCUCAACCUGGAGGAUCCCAAUGUCUGCAGCCACUGGGAGAGUUACUCUGUGACAGUGCAGGAGUCAUAUGCCCAUUCUUUUAAUCAGAUUUAUUACACCAGCUGCACUGACAUCCUCAACUGGUUUAAGUGCACCAGACACAGGAUGAGCUAUAAAACAGCAUAUCGUAGUGGGAACAAGACCAUGUACCGGAGGAAGUCUCAGUGCUGCCCAGGCUUCUAUGAGAAAGGAGAGAUCUGUGCUCCUCAUUGUACAGAGAGCUGUAUUCAUGGUCGUUGUAUGGCACCCAACACCUGCCAGUGUGAGCCAGGCUGGGGGGGCUCCAAUUGCUCGAGUGCUUGUGACAGUGAUCACUGGGGUUCCCACUGCAGUAACAGAUGUCAGUGCCAGAAUGGAGCUCUGUGUAACCCUAUCACUGGAGCUUGUAUCUGCAGUCCUGGAUACAGAGGUUGGCGCUGUGAGGCGUCGUGUGAAGUAGGCACCUAUGGGAAUGGAUGCCAGCAGAAAUGCCAAUGCCAGAAUGGUGCUGCCUGUCAUCAUGUGACCGGAGAAUGCAAGUGCCCACCAGGAUACACUGGUGCUUUGUGUGAAGAACUCUGUCCACCAGGUAAACAUGGGCAGCAAUGUGAGGAGAGAUGUCCAUGUCAGAAUGGAGGAGUGUGUCACCAUGUAACCGGAGAGUGCUCCUGUCCAGCAGGAUGGAUGGGAACAGUUUGUGGGCAGCCAUGUCCAGAAGGGAGAUUUGGAAAAAACUGUUCCCAGGAAUGUCAGUGUCACAACAAUGGCGUUUGUGUGUCAUCUACUGGACAGUGCGUCUGUAGCCCUGGAUACACAGGAGAACGGUGCCAGGAUGAGUGUCCACUCGGUACUUAUGGUGCUGGCUGUGCAAAGAUAUGUAAUUGUAAAAACAACGGCAAGUGCUACCACAGCAAUGGAAUGUGUCUUUGUGAGCCAGGAUACACAGGAAAGACAUGUGAUGUCCGACUGUGUCCUGAAGGAAUCUACGGCCUGCGUUGUGAUAGGAAAUGUCCGUGCUAUGUCCAGAACACUCAUGGCUGCCACCCAAUAUCAGGGGAGUGCACAUGUUUGCCUGGUUGGUCAGGUCUCUACUGCAAUGAGACGUGCACUCCAGGAUUUUAUGGCGAGUCCUGUCAGCAGGUGUGCCAGUGCCAGAAUGGUGCUGAUUGCCACAGUGUGACUGGAGAGUGUAUCUGUGCUCCAGGCUUCACGGGUCCCGUAUGUUCAGUCCCAUGCCCAGCAGGAACAUUUGGUGUGAACUGCUCCUCCAGCUGUAACUGUAAGAACAAAGCUAAGUGUUCCCCCAUAGAUGGAUCCUGUUCCUGUAAACCAGGGUGGCAUGGGUUAGAUUGCUCCAUAAACUGUCCCAGUGGCACCUGGGGUUUGGGAUGUGAUUCCACAUGCAUGUGUGGGAACGGAGGAGCAUGCAACCCACUGGAUGGUCACUGUACCUGUGCUCCGGGCUGGAGAGGAGAGAGAUGUGAACUCCACUGUCAGGAUGGUACCUAUGGUCUGGAUUGUAAAGAACGCUGUGACUGCAAUCAUGCUGAUGGAUGUCACCACGCUACUGGUCACUGUCGCUGUUUGGCUGGAUGGACGGGUAUCCACUGUGACAGUGUGUGUGCAGAGGGCCACUGGGGUCCAAACUGCUCCCUCCCCUGUAACUGUAAGAAUGGAGCAUCCUGCUCUCCAGAUGAAGGAACCUGUGAGUGUGCUCCAGGAUACAGAGGCCCAACCUGUCAGAGAAUCUGCUCGCCAGGUUAUUUUGGUCAUCACUGCAGUCAGACCUGUCCACAAUGUGUCCAUAGUAAUGGACCAUGUCACCACAUCACAGGACAGUGUGAAUGUCUCCCAGGCUUCAAGGGAGCACUGUGUAAUGAGGUGUGUCCCAGCGGUCAUUUUGGGAAGAAGUGUGCCCAGAGCUGCAGCUGCACAAACAAUGGAACCUGUCGUCCUAUUGAUGGCUCCUGUCAGUGUUAUCCAGGAUGGAUUGGCAGUGACUGCUCUCAAUCUUGUCCACCUGGUCACUGGGGACCCAACUGCAUCCAUACAUGUAACUGCCACAAUGGAGCAUACUGCAGCGCUUAUGAUGGAGAAUGCAAGUGCAGCCCAGGAUGGACUGGCCUCUACUGCACACAGCGCUGUCCAUUGGGUUUCUUUGGGAAGGACUGUUCUCAGACUUGUCGAUGUAGGAAUGGAGCCGACUGUGACCACAUUUCUGGACAGUGCACAUGUCGAACUGGUUUCAUGGGGAAAUACUGUGAUCAAAAGUGUCCUCCUGGUUUAUAUGGUUAUGGUUGCCAUCAGGUCUGUGACUGUCUAAAUAACUCCACUUGUGAUCACAUGACUGGUUCGUGUUACUGCAAUUCAGGUUGGAAGGGAGCUCGAUGUGACCAAGCUGGUGUGAUUGUGGUGGGCAGCCUCAACACUUUGACUAGUGCAGCGAUGCAUGUAGACACUUACCAGAUUGGAGCCAUUGCGGGAAUCAUUAUCCUUGUGCUGCUUGUGCUCUUCCUUCUGCUCCUCUUCAUUAUCUUCAGGAAAAAGCAGAAGGGCAAAGAGCCCACCAUGCCAUCUGUGACUUACACUCCUGCUGUGAGUGUUGCUGCUGAUUACAAUAUAACAGGUGGUCAUCCAGCAACAUGUGAGCCCCAUCUAAGCAAUUAUUUCUCCAACCCUAGUUACCAUACUCUGACCCAGUGCAUCAGCCCCCAGCGUGGUCCAAAUGGAAAGGUCAAGAACAACCAGGUUUUUGUAAACGUUAAAAAUAUGGAUCAGAGAAAAUGUGCUCUUCUUGUUGAUCAUACUGGCACACUACAUGCAGAGUGGAAACAUGGGGACUGCUUAAAUCAACUGGGAGCCUGUGGAGGUGAUAGAAGUUACAUGGAGAAAUCUUUAAGAGAUCUGAUGAAGGGCACACCCUAUCAUGCCAGCUCCUGUUCGCUCAGCAGCUCUGAAAACCCAUAUGCCACAAUAAAGGAUCCUCCCAUGCUGAUAACCAAAAACACAGAAUGUGGCUAUGUGGAAAUGAAAUCACCAGCUAGGCGGGAUUCACCAUAUGCUGAGAUUAGCAACAGAAGCCCAACCAAUAACCAGAAUGUCUAUGAAAUUGAUUCAACGGUAAGCACCAUCCAGUCCACAAGAGAUAGCAGUGGCCAUGUGAAGUUCGGGCAGGAUCCAUAUGAUUUACCAAGAAACAGCCACAUCCCCUGCCAUUACGAUAUCCUGCCAUCCAGAGAGAGUCCUUCCUCAGAGCUCAAGAAGCUGGACAGUGAAUAAUCCCACAGAAACUCUGAACCAAAAUUAGGCCUUACCACAAGGCUGUAGCUUCAGCACUGUGUCUUCUACAAACUGGCACACUUUGUACUCAUAAAAUGCUAGUCCUUAUGUGUUAUUUUACAAUAUUACUAUAACUAUGCAUUAUGACUACAAGUUGGAUAUAUACAAUUGUGGUCAAAAGUUUCACUCGUCAUUGUAAUUAUGGUCUUUUAAUUAUUUCUUUGAGCUAUCCUUUUUCAAGGGUAAAAUUGUCAUACAGCAUAAAUCUUUAAUGACUUUAAAAACAAGAUGUUGGUGCACAAGUUUGUAUUUAUUUGGAAUUUUCUCAGAUUCACACAAGGUCAAAAUUAUACAUACAGGAUCAAAUAUAUAAACCUCCUUACCAAGUAACACCUUGACCAUUUAAAUUGGUUGGUUUCCUGGUACAGAACUGGCUUUUAUGUUUAGUCCACUGUUUUCAAUAGGGUUGAGUUUGGGGCUUUGAAAAGAUCAUUCCAGAAGCUUUGAUGGAGUUCUGAAGCGGUUUUGUUUGGGAUCAUUGUCUUGCUGACAUACCCAGUGGAAUGUUGUGAGGGCGAUAGCUGAAGCAAAAACUCACGAGUGGGAGCAGUUUGGUCAGGCCACAGAAACAGACUUUCCAUCAGCAUUUUUGGGAAACCGCCAGUUGGGGAAAGUUUUACUUUACUCAUAUUAGUAUAGUGUGGGUGGGUUGACUUCAACAGGUUAUGUGACAUAGUCGGGUGGUAAGAUACCUUCCUUGGUGGCCAGACCGCCAGGAUGGAUGAGGUUUGCAGUGAGUUCUUAAAGGCCCUGGGUAUGGUAGGGUUGUCCUGGUUGACUUGCCUCUGCAAUGUUGCAUCGAGAUCUGGGGUGGACUGACAGACCCAUGGUGGCCCCCACGUUUAAGAAGGGAGACUGGAGAAUGUGCUCCAACUACAGGGGUUCAGGCCCACUAGGAAGAUCUAUGGCAGGGUACUGGAGAGGAGUGUCUAUAAACUAAAUCUUGGAUGCAGGAGGAAAAGUGAGGUUUUUGUCCUGGUCAUGGAAUGCUGAACCAGGAGUUUGCCUAACCAUUUUACGUGUGUUUUGAGGACUUGGGGAAAGCAUUUCACAGUAUCCCUCAGAAUGUUCUGUGGCGGGUGCUUUGGGAGUAUGGGGUAUACAAGGGGAGGGGAGAAGCUGGUCUGGGAACGCCUCAGUGUUCCCCUGGAUAAGCUGAAGGAGUUGACUGAGAAGACGGAGGCAUCCUUGCUAGGGCUGCUACCUCCACAACCCUAGAUAGCACUAGAUAAGGGGUGAUGUGGAUAGUGACACUAAUAUUCCAACUGUUUCCAGUUUAUGGCAGGUUUGUGUUUGGUGGCUCCUGAGUUUUUCAUGAACAUUCUAACCAAUUUCAUUUCCUCUGAAGAUGACAGCUUGGGUCUUUGGUGGUUACACAUCGAAAUGAUUUGAAUUUACCUAUUGUUGUUUGAAGCAAUAAUCUUGAAACCUGCAGUUAUUCAAAAAUGACUCCAAAGAUCUUUCCAACUUGUUUCUCCUCCUUAGAUAUUGAAUACGUUUAUUGGUUUUCCCCAUUUGUCUCAGUAUUUUGUAGCCCAAUGAGUACAAAUUCUUUUUGCGCUAUCAAAGAGAAAUUACCUGUUGUAGGUCAAUUAUGAUGACCAACAAGAAUUUAAUUGGCCUUUGACUUGCCAAUUUAAAAAAGCAUUGUAGAACCUUCAGCACCACUUUUGUAGUUUGUAUGGUACCUGCAUGCGUGUAUGCAUGCCAGACAAUGUGAAGGCACGCUCCUAAUGAGACAGCAGAUGGUGUUCUGAGGAACCUCCUCCUGCAACUUGGUAACAGGGAAUAGACUGAAACAUAUUGUCCAAAAGGUUUUAUAUUGGACGUACGUCAAGCAAGCAUGGGGGCUUGUCACUGGUAUCAAUUCUUCCAUCCUCCAGGAACUGCCUGCAUACUCGCACCAAAAUGAGGCUGGGGAUUGUUGUUAGAAAAGGGGGCACACAGGGGUCCUACAUUGCAACAGUGCAGGGUUGGACAAUGGAUCCCAAGAUUUCACCUUAAUACCUAAUGGCAGUUAUGGUGCUGUUGCCUAGCCUGCAGAGGUCUGCGCAUCCCUCCAGGGAUAUGACUCCUUAAUACAAUCACUGACACACACCCCAGUGUUACAGGUAGCAGCAUAAUGUUCACAUCUACUCAGGGUGAACCUGCUCUCAUCUGUUGGAGUUGGUCUACCUGUAUAAACUCUGUAGGAUUCAAAUAUCACCUCAUGCGACCAAUAAUGACACGAACCACAGCCAAAUGCAAAGCUAGGGAAAAAACAGUCAAAAGUUAAAAAAAAGAUCUGUGGCCUCCACCUGUAAAACCAUUCCUGUUUUGAGGUUUCAAUGUUGUCUUUCUAGUGCACCUGAAACCGAUUAACAACUCCCUCUGCUACUUCAGUGACCGGAUCAAUAUGCGAUAUACGAUAUACAAUAUGUGAUUUACAAUAUAAGUGGAAAUGAUGUGUUGCUAUACUCUCAAGUGUUCCUUUAUUUUUUUUUCCGCAGUGCAUUUCAGCCUAUAUGUAUAAUUUAAUCCUGUGUGGAUUAGAGAAAUCCAAAAUAAAUUCUUUCAGGGUUUUUCUAUUCAUUAAAGAUGUAUGCUGUGUAAUCAUUUCACCCUGGAAGAUUCAUUUAAAGAAAUUAAAAGCACAAAAUUACCAUGACAUUCAUGGCAAUGAUAAGUGCAUGUAAAUUUCUGGCCUCAAC